GUCUCCAUUUGGUACUAGAGGCUCAAUAAAUAGUCUUAAUGGACCGUGCCAUAGACUUCCACUGGGAUGCCUCAUACUUAAUAUAAUACCCCGAGGAUCCCCAAAUUGGUCAGAAGCUCUCCAAUCAAUAUGUUUUGUUGCAUCAUCCAGCCACCCCUAGAGAGGCCAGAUCCCAAGCCAUGGUGUGGCACUUCAGCAAGCCUGGAAGUGGUGCAAGGAACCAGAAACUGGAGCUGUGCAGUUGUCUGGGCUGUGGCAAGCAACGGGGAGAGACUGGCACUCCCAGCAGAUAACUGUACAGCUGGAGGUGGUGCAAUCAAAUGUCCGAGUUAGUUCACAGGUUCUGGCAGCUGAGUUGGAGCAAAGAGCUGAGGAUAUGUGCCCAAAGGUAACAUGUAAUAUAACUAGGUACAUGACUCAGGCCUGAUUUAUUGCCUUUGCUAUUUCACUCCCAAGUUUGAUUGCCUGUCUCACAUCUGCCUUCCUCUCUCAGCACCCGAGACCUUUAGCACCUCUCUCUUCUGUUGAAUCUCAUGUCCCUGAAACCUCCAUCUGUUUGCCACCCAGAUCCUACCUUUACAUUUCCGGUUUUGCCCUCUUCCAAGGUCACUAAAGGAUUCCUUUUAUAUCCUCUGCAUAUCCUUUGAUAUCUCUCUAUAUAUCAACUUUCACAUCAAAGUAAAUGGCUUUAAAGGCAGCUUCUUAAGGAAUGCAAAGAUGUGUUCCUGGUGGGAUGUUGUGGCAAACACAGACUAAAGGGAAACAGAAGCCCUCAGCAAAUUUAGGAAAACUCAAGGACCAUCUACCCUUAAGAGACAAUGGGGACUCAUUGGGGAUUUUUAUCUUAAAAAAAUAGAGUGGAGUGUUCCAGCUCCACUCUACUGUGGGACACCAAUUUAUGUGCUUGGGCCAGCUGGUAGUGUCUAGGGCUACCUUAUUUCUAAAGUAGGGCCUCUGGGGGCACCUGGGUGGCUCAGUCACUAAAGCAUCUGACUCUUGAUUUCUGCUCGGGUCAUGAUUUCAUGGUUCGUGAGAUUGAGCCCCAGUUGGGGUUCCAUGGUGACAGCAGGGAGCCUGUUUGGGAUUCUCCCUCUCUUCCCCCCGCCCCCCCUCCCCCGCUCUCUCUGCCCCUCCCCAAUUCUAAAAAAAAAAAAUCCCCAAAACUUUAAAGUAGGGCCUCUGUAAAUAAAAGGAGGGUUACAAAGGACGUCCAAGUUUUCCAAAAUCAUCCCAAAUGAAAGCCAAGAAAAGCAACAAGGACAGUAUUAGUUUUGGGCAUUUGUACCUUCUCUACAAGUACAGAGAAUAUACUCAGUUACUGUUUAUCUAAGUAGCAGUAAAUACUCUGGGAUACUCCUCCCAUGGAGUUUAAUCUGUAGUGUUGGAAGACACCCCCAAUAAACAAAAUUAAUUACAUGUUAGAAAUAGAAAAGUGCUAUGGCAAAGGUCUGGAGGUGAGAGAGCAAGCUCUGUGGAUACCUGGGGGUAUCUACCCAGGGUGUCUAUCCAGGCAGAGGAACAAGCACAAAGGCUCCAUAGUGGAAGCAUGCUUCACUCAAUUGAAGAAUGGCAGGCCAGUCUGGCUGCACCAGAACAAAUAAGGGGAAAGUAGUAGAAGAUGAGAUCAGAGAGUUAGUGUGGAUGAUGGAGAUCUUGAAGGGCUCUGUGGGCCAUUGUAAGGACUUUGGCUUUGUUUGGAGAUAGGAGAGCAAGUGUGUUGAGAAUAGGAUAAACAGGGCAAGAGUAGGAGUGAGACCAGUUGGCAGGCAUUUGUAGUGAUCCAGGCAACAGAUGAUGGGUGCUUAGACCCGGGUGGCAGCACUGGAGGUGGUGAGAAGUGGUCAGAUUCUGUAUGUAUUUUGAGAGUACAGCCAACAGGAUUUGCAGAGGAACUGGAUGUGGGUUGUGUGAUAAAGAGAAGGAUGACCACAAGGUGUUUGAACUGAGCAACUAGAAGGACGAGUUGCCAUUUACUGAAGUAGGGAAAACUGUGGAAGUAAGAGUUAUGGCAUUGGGGGAGGAAGGAUCUCAAAAAUUCCGUUUUGAACGUCCUAUACUAGAGAUAUUCAUUAAACAAGUAAGGAGUUGAGACAGACAGCUCAAGGUCAGAGGAGAAACCCAUGCUGGAGAUAUAAAUUGGGAGUUGAUCACAUUUGGAUGGUAUUUAGAACAUCUAGAUUGAACAAGAUUACUGAGAAGUGUUCACAGAAAAAGAAGAGCGGUCCAGGGAUUCCAACAUUUAGUUGGUUUCCAAAUGAGCAGCUUCAGCAUCCCUUGGGAACUUGUUAGGAAUGCAAAUGCUCAGGUCCCACUCCAGAUUCCUGAAUAAGGGUUGAGUUUAGCACUGUUUUAACAAGACUUCCAGGUGGUCAUGGUACAGUUUGAGAACCACUGGUUUAGAGGCUGCGGUUACUUUAUAUCAUCUCUGUUCCCGCCACAAUGGGCGGACUGAUAAUGGGCGCAGAAAGGAAGCGAUGAGGCGGCCUCCCCUCCCGAGGGAGCACCGCCGGUAGAGAGGGAAUCCAGGGUAGGUCGGGGGUGGCGCCCUUGGCUCGUCACAGUUGCGGGGCAGUGAACGUCCUCUGCGAGGCGGGAGUUAGUGCGGCCGAAUACACCUUCUGAGCCGGGGUCCAGCGUCCGCAUCCAAGAAGGAGAGCCUAACACGCUUGGAGGGGUUUCUCAGGGGCCUGACUCUCUCGGCGACCCAAUAAGUGCGCGACUUCGGUACAGUGCCGGGCCGGAGUGGGGAGGGCCGCCUGGCCAACAUCCCGCAGAGUCCUCUGGGAAGCGGCCACCGGUGACGUAGGCCGCGCCUCGCGGAGGAUUCUGGGAGUCGUAGUUCAGCCUCGAGAUCGGGCCGGCUCAACUUGGCCCGGCCGGCUCUUAGAUGCCUUUGUUGCUAGGCCGGGGCGCUUCUGCGUGGUGCGGGAGGUCGUACCUGGGGUCGAGGAGGCCUAAGCGCGGGUCCUUCCAAGUCUGAGUGGACGGAAGGAGGGCGGCGGGAGGGCCCCGGGGUGGCGCCAGGCUGCCCUGCGAGGGUCGCGCGCGCGUUCCCGGGCCUCUGAGUGCACCGGAGCGGCGGACCCCCGGGGUCCCUCGCGCGUUCGCUGCGCCCUUCUUCCGCGGCCGUCGUCGCCUGCGCGGGCCAGGGGAGGGAGUCUCCAUGGAGCCUGGGGGCAGAGGGUCACUUUCUGAGGACUCAGACCUUCCCGGUGCUGAAAACCCUAAAGAAAAUGGCAUGAUCACUGUGUUGCUGACCGCUGCAUCCCAGGAGUCAUUGGUAAUCAGGAAUAUGGCCGAGGCUCUCACCCAGUGGAAGCAGCUGAACCCUCCUCAGGGAGAUGUGCCUGAGAAGCACAGGAAUCUGGUCUUGCUGGGGCUUCCAAUUUCCAAGCCCGAUGCGAUCUCUCCUUUGGAGUGCGGAAAGGAGCUGGAGAGAGAAGUCUCAAAAGCAGCUCUUUCAGACUGGGAGACAAGACCAGAGAGUAAGGACCUAACUCCAGAGCAGUAUAUUUCUGAAGAAGAAUCAGCCCCUGGGGUGUUAAUAGCAAGAUUUCCAAAGGAAAGUUCCAGUGAAUACGAGGAUUCUUCAGAGAGUCAGCAGGAAAACCAUGAGAAACAUUUAAUACAGGAGGUUGUCACUCAGAAGAAAUCUUCUGGGGAGAGAAGUUACCAGUGUCAUGAAUUUGGGAGAAGUUUUAGUCGAAGGUCAUUACUUGUUCAACAGCAAGGAGAGAGACUACAUAACUGUGAUUCAUUUAAAAAGAACUUAAAACAAAAUUCAGAUCUAAUGAGGCACGAGAAAGUUUGUGCAGAAAAGAAACCUUGGCAGUGUAAUGAGUGUGAGAAAGCCUUUAGUUACUACUCAGCUUUUGUCUUGCAUCAGAGAAUUCACACAGGAGAAAAACCCUACGAAUGUAAUGAAUGUGGUAAAGCUUUUAGCCAGAGUAUACAUCUUACUCUACACCAGAGAAUUCAUACUGGAGAGAAACCCUACGAGUGUCAUGAAUGUGGGAAAGCCUUCAGUCACCGCUCUGCCCUUAUUCGGCAUCAUAUAAUUCAUACUGGAGAGAAACCCUAUGAAUGCAAUGAAUGUGGGAAGGCCUUUAAUCAGAGCUCAUACCUCACUCAACAUCAGCGAAUUCAUACUGGAGAGAAACCUUAUGAGUGUAAUGAAUGUGGGAAGGCCUUUAGCCAAAGCACAUUCCUUACCCAGCAUCAGGUCAUUCACACUGGAGAGAAACCCUAUAAGUGUAAUGAAUGUGGGAAAGCCUUUAGCGAUCGAUCAGGCCUUAUUCAGCACCAGAGAACUCAUACUGGGGAGAGGCCUUAUGAGUGUAAUGAGUGUGGGAAAGCCUUUGGCUACUGUUCAGCCCUGACUCAACACCAGAGAACUCACACUGGGGAGAAACCCUAUAAAUGCAAUGAUUGUGCCAAAGCCUUCAGUGACCGCUCAGCCCUCAUUCGUCAUCAGAGAACACACACUGGAGAGAAACCUUACAAGUGUAAGGACUGUGGAAAAGCUUUCAGCCAGAGCUCAUCUCUUACAAAGCAUCAGAAAACUCACACUGGAGAAAAACCCUAUAAGUGUAAGGAAUGUGGAAAAGCUUUCAGCCAGAGUUCAUCCCUUUCUCAACAUCAGAAAACUCAUGCUGGAGGGAAAACCAAAGAAUACGGAAAAGCCUUUAGUGAGCAUUCAGCCUUUGGCCAGCAAAAGAGAAUUCAUACUGGAUAAAGACUAUGUAAAUGUGGUACAUUUGGAAGAUUUUUAUUGAACAUUUACUAAACGUGGUGUGAGCGCUACAAAGGAGUUUAAGAAUGUGUUACAAACAAGAUAUUAAUUGAGAAGUCAUUGUUGACGUGGGACAUAGCUUACUUAGAAUGUGAAGGAGGAGUUUUACAUUUUUUUCAGUGCAACAGAGGACUUUGAAUUUCCCUGGGGAACGAGGAAGAUUAUUUCCAGCACCCUAAUGUGUAUGUAAGCUUCCAAAUCCUUGAGAGAGAAACAGGGUGUGCGAUGACGGAAAGAAGACAUCUUGUCUGGGCUGGGUCGUCUCUUAAUGCUAAGGAGAUGGAGUUUUAAAGAGAUGAGUGGUUCUUUAGGGAAGUUGCAGAGGCAGAAAUAAGAGAUUGAGAAUUCACAAUGAGUUUGUCCAGGGUUGAGAGUGGAGGUGAAAGGGAAGUUGUCCUUAGGUUCAAGUACAAGGGCACUUAGGAGGUAGAUGGGAAGGAGAGAGAAAGAGAACCGGGGGAAUGAACUCAAGAAAUGUUGAUUGAGAUAACUGCUCAAACGAGUGCUCCCAACUGGGGAAAUAUUCAUCAGUUGGUCAGUUGCAGUUUCUACCCUGAAGCCAAGGAACACUGGCCUGGCAGUCUGCUUCUGCACUUUCUGUCUUUGAGAUCUUGCUUGUUGAUUUGCUGCCUGCUAAGAAUUGCGCUAACUCCAAGGGUCCAGACUGACAGCCUAGAAAGUACAGCAGGGACCUUUGAUGUUUUCAGUCUAUUUUAAGCUACCUAUUUUAAGCUAAGUUCCCUGAGAAUGUGCUUAUUUAUAAAGAUGUUACCUCAAUUGUCUGUAGUUAGUACUUUAGGCUUA